AUGGGCAAGAAGCCUGACAGAUGGGCGUUCGCAAUGUUGGCUGUUAUACGCAUUCUGUGCAACAGCUUCACAGCUAAAAUGCUUCCGCGCAAUUCUGCGACAGGGCUUGGCGCCAGCUUCGUGCCCAGCACUGGACCGGACGCUGCCGAGGACACGAAGAUCCGAGCACAAGUCCAGGAUCAGGUGCAGGAACUGGCAGCCCAGCUGUCCAAGGAAGUGGCAAACCUGGCGCAGCAACAAAAAGAUAUCGUAGAUACGCAAGCUACGGUGGAGGACUUGGCCUCGCAGCUGAAGGCACAAACUUCCUCCGAGGAUCUUGCGAAGCUACGCGCAGAGCUCGCCUCGUUGGUCGACCGAGUUGCUUCUGCGGAAUCAAGCUGUUCAGCAACGAAGAAGGACAUUUAA